AUGGGUGCAGAAGAUCUGGGGAAGAGGCUUUUGGCUGAGGUGCAGGUGGAGGAAGUUGGGUUGGAUGAGAUCCUGAGUACUCUCCGACUAGACGACGCAUCUACACGAUCAUACUUCGGCCUUCCCACCCUCGAUAGCCUGGUCCAAACAGCCAUAGACCUCCGAGCAUCCACCACCAAAGCCCAACCUACGGCACCCAUCAUCGAACUCACAUCCACGAGCCCAGCAAGCGGAAAGACGCACCUCCUCUACCACCUCACAGCCCUCGCCGUCCUCCCCACCAGCCUCGGCGGCCACCAAGCCUGCGUCGCCAUCAUAGACGCCGACAACAAAUUCUCCAUCCCGCGCCUCGCCCAGCACAUGGCUCGACUAUGCCACUCCAAAACAACAUCCCCAGAAGCCCUGCAAGCCACAAUCACCACCUCCCUCACCCACAUCCACAUCUUCCACCCGCAAUCCCUCCCCUCAACAAUCGCCACCGUGCAGUCUCUGCAGAGCUACCUCUUCAACGCCAACCGGCACCACUCCUUCGACCGCGCAGUUGCUUUCAUCGCACUCGAAUCCGCUGCGGCGUUUUACUGGCAGGCGAAAUCCGACGCUGAAGAGGCUUCUUUACACCCUUCCUCCGCGCAGCCGAGUGGGUACGUCCAGUUGGCGGGUGCGCUGAAGAAUGCUGGUCGGAUCCUCAACACGCCGAUAUUGUUCACAUGCUGGGAUAUGAGCUCUGCCAAGAAGGGCUCGUCCUUCGGCCAAGACAUACGAUCCUAUCGCUCCUCUCUGCCGCCUCCAUGGCAGACACUCCCUACGUUGCGGCUGGUGGUAAGGAGGAUUCCUGUGAGGAAGUUGCCUGUUGAGAUUGGUGUUGAGGAGGCUUUGAGGGAGGGUGAGAUGCGGCAGAAGGUUGUCGAGCUGGGGAGGUUUGAGUGUUUCGUGAAUGAAUGGGGUUUGGACGAGCGGUCGAUGCAGAGGUUUCAGGCGAAUGGCGGUGGGUUCGAGUUUCGGAUUCGGGGGGAUGGAGUCCAUUUCGAUGAGGAGAAGGAUGGAUAA